AGAGUAGAGAGAGAGAGAGACAAAGACAGAGGAGAGAGAACACUGAAGAAUGGGGAGGAUAUUCACGGUGGAGCUUGAGGGAAGAUCUUACAGAUGCAGGUUUUGCAGAACCCAUCUCGCUCUUCCCGAUGAUCUUAUUUCUCGGUCGUUCCAUUGCCGUAGAGGAAAGGCUUACCUCUUCAAUCGUUCAGUGAACAUAAGCAUGGGUCCUCUAGAGGAAAGGAUGAUGCUUUCGGGUAUGCACACCGUUGCUGAUAUCUUCUGCUGCUGUUGUGGACAGAAUGUUGGCUGGAAAUACGAAUCAGCGCAUGAGAAAGCUCAGAAGUAUAAAGAAGGCAAAUUUGUUCUGGAAAGAGGAAGGAUCGUGGAUGAAAUCGAUUUAUCGACCGAGGUUUACAUCGAUACUCGAAGCGACACAGAAGAUUCUUAGAAAUGUUAGCUUUUUUAGUUUCUUACCUUUUUUUUUGUUGUGUGGGAAAUAAUGUUUGUCAAGAUCAGAGCUUGUUAGUGUAAAAAUCUGUAGAAUGAGUUCAAUAGAAGAAUGUGUAUGGAACCUUCUGUGUUGUUUUAUUGUCUCAAAUACUUUUUCAUGGUCUCUUGGUUUUUAGUUUUACUUGUGUUGAACAAGUGGCUUUGAUCAGUUGAAUUAAUAAAAUUUGUUUUUACAGUUA